AUGUUGGCCGAGGCGGAGGGCUUGCGCUUGCACUUGUCCAGCGCCGCCGCCACCGGCUACAAGGGCGUGCACAAGAUUGCUUCUGGCCGCUUUGGGGCGGAGCGCCACGCCGACGGAUACAAGUUCUGCCUCGGCUACUUCGACACGGCGGUGGAGGCGGCGGUGGCGUACGCGCGGGCGGUCGAAGAGGCGGCGGCGGCGGCGACCGCGGCGGCGGCGGCGACAGCAGGGGCGGUGGCGGCGGGCGCUGAGCCGGCGGGAGCUGAGCCGGCGGCAGCCGAGCAGCAAACUCGCUCCUCCGACCGCGGCGCGCGCUCGGUCGAGCGCUUUGAGGCCGGCCCGGCCAUCUGCGAGGGUUUCACGGUGGGAAGAUGGUCUUCUGCCGAAGAGUCGUCGCUCAAGGAGCUUGUGAGCGAGCUCGGAGAAAAGUCGUGGGCGACGGUGGCGGAGCGAAUGGGUACCGGGCGGAGCAAGGCGGGCGUGGAGCAGCGCUGGCAGAUCAUGACGGGCAAGCGCGGGCAGGGCCCGCGCUCGAAGUUCGCCUCGAAGGCGAGGCUCGAAGCGUGGCACAAGCGGCCGCUGGCGCCCCCCCCGCCGCAGGCAGCCCCGCCGCCGCAGCUAGGCACGCGGCCGGGCGUGGGCGCACCGGCCGCUGCAGCGGUCUCUUGCGGCGGUUGGGAGGGCCUCGUCGACGGCUGGUACACGCGGACAGAGGUGCGACAAGCCGGCAGCACCGCCGGCAGUUGCUACACCUAUUUCUUCUCGCCUGCCGGGAAGCGCUUCCGCUCGCGCGUCGAGGUGGCUCGACACUUCGGACUCGACCAAGGCGGAGCUCGGGCGCCGCCCGCCCCCGCCUCCGCCUCCGCCUCCGCCUCCGCCUCCGCCCGCCAGCCCGGGCCGGUCGCAGGGCUGGGCGGCGACGUGUUUCGGGUCGAGGCGCUGCUCGCGCGGCGGCACGUCGGCGGAGAGGCCCAGUACUUGGUGCGUUGGGAGGACUACCCGCCCGAGCACGACAGCUGGGAGUGCGAGGACAACAUCUUCGACGAGAGCCUGAUCCGCGCCUUCAAUGCCGGCGCCGCGUCCUCGUCCAGCGGCGGCGCCUCCGAGUCGGCAGCAGGCCCUCGGGCCGGCGUUUCUUUUUCUUCCUCCCGGCUGCCGGCCUACCUCUCCGCGCCUUCCCCUGGGCGGCCCCGCGCGGCGCCGAGUUUGCAGGGCGCUUUGACCGCGGCGGAGCUGCCGCGGUUUGUGCAGCUUGCCUCGGCGGAGGGGGCGCCGGGCGGCGGUGUGCCACCCCCCACUUGCCUUUGCGGUGCGCUGGCCGUGCUGCGCAAGCGGCGCUGGUGGUGUGCCGACGAGGACGGCGGCUGCAGCUUCGAGCUGUGGGCGUGCGGUCGCACCGACGACGGCACCGCGGGCAUGCAGCCGUUGUGCGAGUGUGGCAGGCCAGCGGUGUGGAUGGGCAGGAGGUGGUGGUGCGCGCGCGCCGAUGGCGGGUGCGACUUCGAGUGGUCUCCUCCGCCGCCAUCCGCGCCUCCAACGCUGGUGCCGCCCGAGGCGAUCGAACGGCAGAUGGCGCGUGACACCGCGGCGCUGCUCACGGCUGCCGCGCACGGCCCGCUCAACGCGUGGUCCUUCGUCGCACCAAGCGAUUUCGGGCUCGGGCUCUGGGCGCGGGCGCCUCUCCGGCGGGGGCAGGCGCUCGGCUUGUACUCCGGGCCGCGGCUGCCGUGCAGCUUGCAGCGGCGCGGCACGUGCGCGCUUCAGAUCCCGGGCGCCGACGCCGCCACUGCUUGCGUUUCGCUGGUGUCCCUUUACGUGAUACGGCACGGCGUAGGCACCCAUGUCGUCGUCGACGGUGCGAGCGAGAAUUGCCCGUUCAGCGUGCCCCGCUGCUGCGCGUCGUACGCCAACCACAGCCGCUCGCCCAACGCGCGGCUCGAGCUGUGGCCCGUGUUGCGCCCCGCACCGUGCGAGGCCGUGGUUGACGGUUUGGCGCGGCUGCAGAGCGCGGCGCGCGCAUCGCAGGGCGGCGAGGACGUCGAUGCGGCGUCGGCCGUCCUUGCUUGCUCAGUGGCGGACGAGACAGCGGCACCGCUCCCUUGGGGUGGCGAGCGAGGGGGCGACGCGCGUUUGCGGCUGCUUGUGCCGAGUCUAGCAAAGAAGCUGGCCGGGCUGCGAGCGCGCGUCGUGUCCUGCCAAUGGGGCAUCGUGGCGUCGCACUUGCCUGGACGCACCGGCGCCGAGUGCCGCGAGCGGUGGGCCGAGCUGCAUGCGGAGGCGGAGAUGGAGGAGAUGGAGGAGAUGGAGGCGGAGGAGAUGGAGGAGGCGGAGGCGGUCGAGGUGGAGGCGUUCGAGGUGAGUGAUGAGGAGGGGGCGCCGGUGGAGUCGGGAGCGGAGGCGAUGGAGGUGGAUGCUGAGGUGGUGGUCGCUGAGGGUGAGGAGGAGCAGGAGGAAGACGGCGUGGUAGAGGCCGCGGUGGAGGUGGAGGCGAGGUAUGCAUGGCUGUGA